AUGCAGGUCCCCAGCCCCAGCGCGCGCGAGGCAGCCUCCAUGUACGGCACCGCGGUGGCCGUCUUCCUCGUCAUCCUAGUGGCCGCGCUGCAGGGCUCAGCCCCCACGGAGAGCCCCUUUCCCUUCCACAUCCCCCUGGACCCCGAGGGGACCCUGGAGCUGUCCUGGAAUGUCAGCUAUGCGCAGGAGACCGUCUACUUCCAGCUCCUGGUGCGGGAGCUCAAGGCUGGCAUCCUGUUCGGGAUGUCGGACCGGGGGGAGCUGGAGAACGCCGACCUGGUGGUGCUCUGGACUGACGGGGACGGCGCCUACUUCGGGGACGCCUGGAGUGACCAGAAGGGGCAGGUCCACCUGGACUCCCAGCAGGAUUACCAGCUUCUGCGGGCACAGAGGACCCCAGAAGGCCUGUACCUCCUCUUCAAAAGACCCUUUGGCACCUGCGAUCCCAACGACUACCUCAUCGAGGACGGCACCGUCCACCUGGUCUACGGGCUCCUGGAGGAGCCGCUCAGGUCGCUGGAGGCCAUCAACACCUCUGGCUUGCACACGGGACUGCAGAGGGUGCAGCUGCUGAAGCCCAACAUUUCGCAGCCGGCCCUGCCCGCGGACACGCUCACCAUGGAGAUCCGCGCCCCCGACGUCCUCAUCCCCGGCCAGGAGACCACAUACUGGUGCUACAUCAGCGAGCUCCCGGCCGGCUUCCCCCGGCACCACAUCGUCAUGUAUGAGCCCAUCAUCACCGGGGGCAACGAGGCGCUCGUGCACCACAUGGAGGUCUUCCAGUGCGCCGCUGAGUUCGAGAGCGUGCCCCACUUCAGCGGGCCCUGCGACUCCAAGAUGAAGCCGGAGCGGCUCAACUACUGCCGCCACGUGCUGGCCGCCUGGGCCCUGGGCGCCAAGGCCUUUUACUACCCAGAGGAAACUGGCCUGGCCUUCGGAGGGCCCGGCUCCUCCAGAUUUCUCCGCCUGGAAGUUCACUACCAUAACCCGCUGAUGAUCAAAGGCCGGCGCGACUCCUCGGGCAUCCGCCUGUACUACACGGCCACGCUGCGGCGCUUUGACGCGGGCAUCAUGGAGCUGGGCCUGGUGUACACGCCCGUGAUGGCCAUCCCCCCGCAGGAGACGGCCUUCGUCCUCACCGGCUACUGCACGGACAAGUGCACCCAGCUGGCCCUGCCCCCCUCGGGGAUCCAUAUCUUCGCCUCUCAGCUCCACACGCACCUGACGGGCCGGAAGGUGGUCACGGUGCUGGCCAGGGACGGCCGGGAGAGGGAGAUCGUGAACAGGGACAACCACUACAGCCCACACUUCCAGGAGAUCCGCAUGUUGAAGAAGGUGGUGUCUGUCCACCCGGGAGACGUGCUCAUCACCUCUUGCACGUACAACACGGAAGACAGAAGGCUGGCCACCGUGGGGGGCUUUGGGAUCCUGGAGGAGAUGUGCGUCAACUACGUGCACUACUACCCUCAGACGCGGCUGGAGCUCUGCAAGAGCGCCGUGGACCCCGGAUUCCUGCAGAAGUACUUCCACCUUGUGAACAGGUUCAACAGCGAGGAAGUCUGCACCUGCCCCCAGGCCUCUGUCCCUGAGCAGUUUGCCUCCGUGCCCUGGAACUCCUUCAACCGCGAGGUGCUCAAGGCCCUGUAUGGCUUCGCGCCCGUCUCCAUGCACUGCAACAAGUCCUCAGCCGUCCGCUUCCAGGGCGAGUGGGAUCGGCAACCCCUGCCCGAGGUCGUGUCCAGGCUGGAAGAGCCCACCCCUCACUGUCCGGCCAGCCAGGCUCAGCGCCCUGCCGGCCCCACCGUGCUCAGCAUCGGCGGGGGCAAAGGUUGA